GACAUGGACUGUAACUGUGUCAGUGAUCUGCUGCUAAACCCCCCUGUCCCUACUCUAUGGACACCAGGCAUCGCCUUCCCAGACUGGGCCUACAAGCCCGAGUCGAGCCCCGGCUCCCGGCAGAUCCAGUUGUGGCACUUCAUCCUGGAGCUGCUGCAGAAAGAGGAGUACCAGGGGGUGAUUGCGUGGCAGGGUGAUUAUGGAGAGUUUGUCAUCAAAGACCCUGAUGAGGUGGCCCGGCUGUGGGGGAUUCGAAAAUGCAAACCGCACAUGAACUAUGACAAGCUUAGCAGGGCGCUAAGAUACUACUACAACAAACGCAUUUUGCACAAGACCAAAGGGAAGCGUUUCACCUACAAGUUUAACUUCAGCAAGGUUGUCCUGGUCAACUACCCUCUGCUGGAUAUGGCCAGCUCACCCUUCCUCCUGACCCAGAACCACUUCAACGGUGGCUCGGCCGCGCCUGACUGCAGCCCUGUCACCCCUGAGGCCUUGCAGUCCCUGUUCCCUCGUCUGCCAGAGUCAGCGAGGGGGACCUCCCUGUUUGAGCGAGGGGCCACAGCACCUGCCCCAGAGGGAGACAAACUGAGACUGGACGCUUUCCCCUUCCUUGGCUCAGGCGCCCCCUGUUAUUCGAAACCCCCGUCCCUUCUGGGUCCUUACCCCCGCAACCCUCCGUUUGACUACCCCUGGGGCUUCAACCCUUACCUCCCCGGGGCUUUCUCCCUCAACAACUGCCCUAAACUGCCCCCCGGCUCCCUCUACCCCUCCCACUUCUACCACAACCCGCUGCAGAGCAGCCUGUCCCAGCUGCCUCACCCGUUUUCCUCCCUGCUGCCCCCAGGGGAGGCAGGUGGGGGAGAGAGGGGUGGCGGGGGGCAGACCGGGGCUACUAAUGGCACGGCUGGUGGGCAACCUGCGAGACUAUGCCUUCCACCUUACCCUGGCCUGUCACUGAGCCGGACGGACCGGGGGGACGGAGUCUCCGGGGGUGAGAGGGAAAGGGUUGAGGCCAGCACCCCUGGCACAGGGCUCGGCAUGGGGCUGAGCCUAGGCCUGGGAGGGCUUGGAGGGCUUGGAGGGCUUGGAGGGCUGGGCCUGGGCCUGGGGGCCAUGGCUGGAGGGAGACAGAGCCCAUCAGAGUGCCGAAGCGGAGUGAAGCAAGACCCCGAGUCCGACUCGGAUCUGGAGAUUACAGACCUGAGCGACUGCAGCUCAGAGAACGAGAUAGAGCCUGUAUUCAGCAUGUCCAAGGAGGCCAUGCAGGCCGGCCGAUCACAGAUCCUGUUGGACAGGAAAAAGGGAGGUUCCCUGCCACCCCUCUCCUCCCUCCCUCCCCCGGUGUCCCCCCAUCCCCUCAAAAGCCUGGUGCCCAUCACUCCUCCGCCCCCUUCCCUCCCCCCGCCCCUCUCUCCCUCCAUGGCUCUAGUUGACAGACACAGGGAGACAGAGACUCUCAAACUUAUCCACAGCUAA